UUAUUAUGUUUCAAUAUCAUGAAUGUUAAAGUACUGUAUUUGUUGUAUCUAUGAUUGAUAUGAGCGGACGCUGACCAUUAGUAGGAGGUGAGAAGGUCAAAAGUCGUAUGAAUUUGUGGCUAUUUUUAGCACCCUAUAUAAGUAUGUGCACUAGCUGACCCUAGGUCACUAGCCUGCUGAAGAUGAUGGAGGAACAAGGUGUGUACCUUCUUUUUACAUCAUGAUCUAAUUUUGAAAAAUAUCUAAGUGAAUUUUAUUACGUAUUGUUUACGUGUAAUAUUUUCAAAAUUUGAUGUUAUGGCGAACGUGGUGAUUAUUGGACAUAGUUUUGUCAAACGCCUUGACCGCGCGCUCGAAGGUUCAUGGACGAACCUCGGUUUUCAUGAUGACCCUACAAACAUUGUAGUAUCGUGUGUAGGUAAAAGCGGGGGUAGAUUACCCGAUGUUUAUGCCCGUGAAGUGACUGAUCGUUUACGAGAACAAAUUGCGGAUUUAGUUUUAUUGCAAAUUGGUGGCAAUGAUUUAGAUUGUUCACGGAUCGAGGACGCCAAAGAUUCUAUCGUGAACAAUUUACUGUCCAUUGUCGAGUGGCUCGCCUCGGGACUAUCAGUAGUCCGGAUCGGAAUACUACAGCUGUUUUAUCGUCGUAGUACGAGACACGUUUCAGUUCAUAAGUAUAAUGAGGCCGUGGACUACGUUAAUUCCGCUUUGAAAGCGAAAUGUAAAACAUUGAACUUCUGUUUUUUCUGGCGCCAUAAAGGCUUAAAAGAUGGCGUCUUUCCUCAUCUUUCUCACGACGGGGUUCAUUUGAACACCACGGGCAUGCGUAGAUACAUUCUCUCGGUCAGAGGAGCUGCCUUAUAUGGAUUACGAAACGCCAGUGGGCGUGUCUAAGCUUUCCGUAUAUGACAUUAAUCAUCAAGGCCCAAUUCGGCGAACUCGGCGUAGGGCGGCACAACAACAUUCAUUGGUGACACCACCCACACAUACUGAAGACACAAGUGUGCCUAGCACAACAACAGCUAGGAGGGGACGCCGGCCGGUUGUCCGACAAACACCUCCACCAGUUCCAUCAACUCUGAGUUCAUCUGCACUUUCAACAAAUAACAACAUAUCAAUACCUGAGUUGGCAGCGGAGCUGUUUCAAUAUAUGAGGCAGGCAGGUUUUACCAUACAAUCCCCUGCCGUACAAACCGUGCCUGCAGAGAUACCCUCUGCUUCCGGGUCAGCUGACUGCCCUCCAGUGGACAGCACCUUAUUUUUAAGACCAGCUACCACCAAUGCCACACCCUCUGUGUCUGGAGGGGGAUUGAACCAGAGUCAUAUGCUGCAACAGCAGCAUAUGUCAUUCAACGAAACAACACACUACAGUAGGCCACCACUACAAGGACAGGACAAUGUUCCGUCAUAUGUCAACGUGUUGAACUCAGUUUCUGGUGAGACUCCUCAAGUUGACAGCAUAAGCCGACCUCUGGAUAUGUUUGUAGAUCUAAAAGUAAAAUCUAAAAUUUUUGCUGAUGAGUUCAUUGAUUUCGGGCUGUUGAUUAAGCGUUCCCCUCAGGAAAAAGAACCCCUGAGGGUUGAAAUGCAAGGCCAGCAAUUAGUGCUGUGCCAAAACAACAAACCAGCUCAUAUCAAGUCAAUUGAACAAUGGCUCUCAGCUUUUCACAUCUUUGUAGCCAUUUACAUUCAGGCACAUCCUCAGGCCACUCCAGGCCUUAUGAAAUAUGCCGACGUUAUACAAACGAUACACCGGAGGUCGGGUUUUGCUGCAGCUAUCCACUAUGAUAACAACUUCCGUAUGUGGCACCAAUUAGUGCCCACUGCCCCAUGGCACAUAACUCAUUCCGAGUUCUACAUGGAGGCAACAGCUAUUGGGCUAAAAGCACUUUGCCCACAACAGCCCUUUCAGGGUCAGAAACCCAACACACGAAUUAAGAAAGUGUGUUGGGCAUAUGAUAAGCACGGAAGAUGCUCCAAAGGUGCCCGAUGCAAAUUCUUGCAUGGCUGCAGUAUCUGUGGAGGGAAGCAUCAGCAGCGCAAUUGUUACAAUGCAGCCCAGUCUGGGUCACGAUCCGAAACCCAGCAAAACUCGGGCUCGGUCAACACCCAACCAUCCCAACAAACUAACCAAUCCAAUAGCAGACAACAACGUAAAGCCCCUCAAAAAUGAGCCUUUACCUACCCCUAUUGUUAUUGACAGGUUCUUAACUUACCUACGGGGUUAUGACAAAUCAAAACUAAAUUUUCUUCAAGAUGGUUUUAAACAAGGUUUUAGGUUGCAAUAUGAAGGGCCUCGCAUAUUUCGUGAUUCCAGAAAUCUUAAGUCUGCUUUAGAUAACAUGCAAAUUCUAAAAGAUAAGAUUCAAAAGGAGAUUUAUCAUGGGCGUUGUUUUGGACCUUACCAUACACCACCUUUUACUAAUUUGCAAAUCUCUCCACUUGGUUUAGUUCCCAAAAAAGAACCUAAUGAGUUCAGAGUUAUACAUCACCUGUCCUUUCCAGAAGGUUCCUCUAUCAAUGAUGGCAUCGCCCCGGAAAAUUCCACGGUUGUUUAUCAGACUAUCGAUCAAGCAAUUCAAUUAAUUAAACAUUAUGGUCCAAAUUCAUUUCUGGCAAAGACUGAUAUUGAAUCAGCAUUUCGUUUAAUUCCGAUUCAUCCGGAUGACUACGAACUCUUGGGUUUUAAAAUUGAUGACAAAUUUUAUUUUGACCGUGUCCUGCCAAUGGGUUGUUCUAUUUCAUGUCGUUUGUUUGAAGCAUUCAGCUCAGCCAUUCAUUGGAUUUUGGAACAUAAAUUUCAAGUUUCUGGAGUUGUGCAUGUUUUGGAUGAUUUUUUAUUCGUAGGCCCCCCUGACUCUCGCAAAUGUUUGGAUGAUUUAAACAAUUUCCUGUCUUUUUGUUCCGACACUUCUAUUCCCAUAAAGCAAAGUAAAACUGAACUACCCACAACAGUUCUGACUUUUCUUGGCAUAGAGUUAGACAGUAAGGCUAUGGUGGCCAGACUUCCAUUGGAUAAAGUUGAAAAAAUGCGAGCGCUUCUGGAUUCAUUUUCCAGACGCCAAAAAGUCACCCUGAAAGAACUUCAGUCCCUUAUAGGUUUGCUUAAUUUUGCUUGUCGUGUUAUUUCACCUGGGCGCACCUUUUUACGUCGUCUGAUUGAUCUUACCUGUGGUUUAACAAAACCCUAUCACCAUAAACGACUUAAUAAGGAGGCUAGAUGUGACUUAGCUGCAUGGAAAAUCUUUUUAGACUCGUUUAAUGGGACAUUUAUGUUUCUGUCUGACCGUUGGGAAACUUCAGAACAAUUACGGUUUUAUACUGAUGCAAGUAAUUUAGGUUAUGGCGGUUUCUUUCAAACGUCAUGGAUGUAUGGCGAGUGGCCAUUACACUGGCAAUCUUUCCAUAUUACAGUUAAAGAAUUCUUUGCUAUAAUAGUUGCAUUAGAGCUCUGGGGUCCAUCACUUACUAACAGAUGUAUCAUCUUUUAUUGUGACAACCAUGCUGUUGUGGACAUAAUUAACAAACAAACCAGUAAAGAUAAAACUCUAAUGAAGUUAGUUAGGCGUUUUGUGGUCACAACCUUAAAACUCAAUAUUUUGUUUACCGCGCGUCACAUCCCAGGCAAAAGUAACAUCUUAAGUGACCAUCUGUCUCGUUUGCAGGUGGACUCUUUUCACCAGCUGGCCCCUUACAUGGACACAGAUCCAACGCCAAUACCAGUCCAACUCAUGCAACUCUGACCGAUACUAUUCAUUCGCUUUUGUUACAUGCUACAUCGCCGGCGACAUCCCGUACUUACUCGAGAGCGUACAAUCUGCUAUGUCAAUUCGUCAGAUCUACUUUUAUUGGUACACCGGUUUUGCCUACCACCUACAAUACUUUGGCCUUUUUUAUCGCUCAUUUGUACAGGCAAAAUUUGGCAUCAUCUACCAUUUCCACAUAUGUUGCAGCCAUUAGUUACAUUAACAAAAUCGCUGGUUAUGCUGACCCUUCCCAAUCAUUCCUGAUAAAGAAAUUGCUCAGUUCGGUUCAGCGAGGUAAUUACCAGGUAGACAAUCGUUUACCUAUAACACCAGAGAUACUUACAAAGCUAGUAACGUCUUUGCAGUAUACCACGCAAUCCCCUUACCAAUAUCAUCUUUUGAAAGCCAUGUACUUGUUGGCUUUCCAUGCCUUUUUAAGGGUUGGGGAAAUGACCCUCAAUAAAGCUGUUUCCAAUGUUUUACAGUUUGAGGAUCUGCAGUUAAUCAAGGAUUCCUCCGGGUUCUUGUGUCGCUUAGAAUUAACGUUUCGUUCUUUCAAAGGACAUUAUAAUAUUCGACCUAUUACUUUGUCCAUCGCUGCCUCUAGACAACCUGCGGUCACCUGCCCAGUGUCGGCCCUGCAACAAUAUUUACAAAAUAGGGGUCAGCAACCAGGCCCAUUAUUUUGUUUUCCUCCUGCUAAGGCUGUGCCAUAUGCAUACUUCAGCGAAUGUCUGAAACAUUCUCUUAGU